UAAUUAGCUUUAGUGGGGACUGUAGAAAUUCUCACAUGGAAUUAGCUAAAGAAUUUAUUGACCCCUGCAAUUCUUUUGUUAUCAACGAUAAUAAGGAUAUACGUCAAUUACAUACAAUCCAUGCGAAGGUUUUCAUUGUCUUCAUUGAUUUUAACGAACGCAACAUUAUACUGGAAGGGGAUAUGGAACCUGUGAAAAUUAGAAAGGAGACAGUAGAAUAUAUAAUGAAAACUGGAGGAACCCCUGUGGUGAUAUACUGUAAACAUAUGGGCUCCAGGACACUUGAGGACCGAUGUCUGUACUCCAGAAAAUUGACCUCGAUACAAUACCAUUCUACAUUAAAGAAAUUGGCAUUACAAGAUUGUGUUCUUAGCAUUGAUCAACAAUUUUCUGAAUAUCAAAUAUCACAUUUGAAAAACAUUUGUAAUAAUCCUUAACCGAUUUGUUCAAGUGAGCAAUUCAGAUCUCAUGUAGUCCAAUGUCUAUAUUCAUCCAUCCAUAUCGCAUCAUCUCGUCUUUAAACAUUUCACACUUUCCCUUAUUCUGCAGAACCCCUGAGCUUUAUUCAAUUAAACGUCGCAAAGCUUUCUUGGGUAAAGGAAAUUCAAGUUUGUU